AUCCUCCUGACGGUGAUGGCCUACGACCGCUUCAAUGCCAUCUGCCGCCCCCUGCACUACGGCGUCAUCAUGCACCCCAGGCUGCUCCGGCAGCUUGCAGCUGUGGCCUGGAGCAGUGGUUUCGUGGAGUCCACGCUUCAGACCAUCCUCGUCUUCCAGCUGCCUCUCUGCAGCCACCACAGGGUGGAUGACUUCAUGUGUGAGGAGCCCGCCCUGAUUAAAAUUGCCUGUGUGAACACCACCUUCCUGGAGAAUGAGCUCUCCUUGGCCAUCGUCCUCUACGUGGUUGUACCGCUGGGGCUGAUUCUGGUCUCCUAUGGCUGCAUCGCCAGGAGCGUGCUCAGGAUAAGGUCUGCAGAAGGCAGGAGGAAAGCAUUUGGGACCUGCGGCUCCCACCUGCUGGUUGUGGUUUUGUUCUUCGGGACUAUAAUUUCUGUCUACAUCCAACCCAAGAGCAAGUACACGCAGAACCACAGUAAAUUCCUCACCCUCUUCUAUACUGUGGUGACACCCUCCCUCAAUCCUCUCAUCUACACGCUGAGAAACAAGGAGGUUAAGUGGGCUCUGAGGAGACUGCUGUGGAGGGACCCACAUCAGGGAGAACCAUGA